CUCCCACCAACUACGAGGUCGCUGCACACAAAUAAACGAAGUUCCAGAUUAGUGCGUUUCUCGAUCUGAAAACGUGAAAAAUGGGUAUACCAAAUAUCAGCCUGUAACUUUGUAAAUCUUAAUCAUACCUUAGAGCAACUUUAAACUUGGCAUUAUCUGACUAAAGAAUGUUUUUAUGAAGACUGGAAACGUACCACUUCAAGUUUAGGAAUCAGUUCAUUCUUACAUUUUCAGAAGGAUCGGUAAUGCAGACGCGAACAGAACAUUCGCUAAUACGUUCUUAGGGGCAGUGAAGCUAAAUACCGUGCCAGCCCGUCUGUGUCUAAUAAUAACCAAACAUCAGUAAUACCAAUGUGGCAGGAUUUUGAAUAUCCGUGGUAGCAGUGGGAAUAGCAACUUUUAACGUAGGUUCCUGAAGAUUUUACUUCAAGUACAACAGUGUGGCAGUCACCCGUUUUUAAUGCCUCCGGGAAUUGGGUUGAGGGUCGGAGCCAAGUUACUGCAGUCCUCACAGUUGGCAACGCUGCUGGAAAUGAAUACAGAUACUGCCAGUCUUCUACGUGUGGUGCAACAGGUGGCAGUGUGGGUUCAGGGUAACUGGAUUGUACUGAGUGACGUUUAUGCAAAGGAUAUAGCUAGUAGCAUUAAUGGCGUUCCUGCAGAGCUCAUGUGUCAGGACAGAGAUUAUGUCCUGUACCUGUUCCCUCAGAAUCAGCUGAGAGUGUCGAGUGUGAUCAGGUUGCCAUCAGAAGAGAUAAAGGAGAUUCUGGAACAGGUCAACAAGAGGUGGGAACUGCUGUUGCAAGUUGAUAAGGCAUUUAUCAGCCGUGUUCUGUUCUUCUUGAAGCAGCUAGACGAUUUUAUGAAGCUGAAAGCGGUACCGGUUCGAUUCCAGCUCGCUAUCUCUCGCAAAGCCAUUACCGACCCCAUCGCAGUCAAUUGGCUGUCCGCUAUUGCUCCCAAUCUCUGAGACUACGAGCAGUUCAAAUUAGCGUUCAAGAGGAACUUUUGGCCGGCAAGGAAGCAGAGUAUCGUGAAGUGUUCGAUUUAUCAGUAUCGAUAACAAAAGGGCUCGAGUUUUGAGCAUGUCCGAGCACUUAUUGAAGUACGCGGUGCUCCUAACAACAGGCCACGGCCACAGGGCCAAGUCAGGCGGGAUUAUGUGCCGCUUAGGCCACCUUAUCAACAUCGCCGAAACGAUAACUGGAAUUCUGGAAGGUCCUAUAUGCACUCAGGACCACAAGGACGGCAAAAUGGAACAGGUCCAAACAGCCUAAACACUUCAGCCAGUGAUUUCUUCAUUUCUUCUUCUUUGGCCCUACAGCCUGAUGUGAGCCUUGGCCUCCUCAACGACCCUCCGUCAUCUGUUUCUGUCUUGCGCCACCAAACUCCAAUUCCUGCAUCUCAACACCCUUGCAUCCUCCAUCAAUGAUACGGAUAUUGUUUUUGACGUAAAUACGUCUAUACGGAAGGGUCAUUCGGCAAAUCAGCGUUAGUUACGAAGAUGUCAGAUCCAGCGCCGAGUCACCUUCAAACGUUCAUCCCUCAGGAAUGGUAAGAGUAAG